CGCGGAACAGAGCGGGCCAGAGUGCGCAGGGCGGAGCGAGGCAGCCUGCGGGGGCAGCAGCAGCAGCAGCAGUCGCCGAUGAAUGAGCGCAGACGUCAAACAGCGGAGGCGGCAGUAGCAGCAGCAGUGGCAGCAGCAGUGGCAGCAGCAGUAGCCCCUACAAACACAAACACACACACAAACAAGACAGAAGAACGCAAAACCAGCGACAACAAAGCAGACACCCGUAGGAGUUGGGCUACGGACACGCGCGUUCGCUGAUUGUUGGGGGGGUGCAGGAGGAGGUUGGUUGGGAGCUGGAUUUGUGCGACUCUCUGUAGUAGCUUGAGGACCACCACCACCACAACCACCACCCACCCCACACACGGGUAGCGCAAGCGCGACUUAGCACACGCAAGCCCCAUGUAUGUAUCUCAUCUGUGCGCAAAGUUGGCAGCAGCAGCAUCACCAUCAGCACCACCAGCACCACCAGAGCAGCAGCGGCAGUAGCGGUAGCGGAGCCGCGCUGCCACGGUGGAGACGGAGCGACGACGACGACGAAUACGAAGCGGAGGAGGAGGAGGAGGACGACGACGUGGAUGAGGAGGACGAGGAGGUGGGGGGCGGGCGAGUGGGAACGAACCAUCGACGGGAGACGGAGCGGAGGCAGCAGCAGCAGCAGCAUCAGCGAGCGAGGAGGAGGCAGUGCCCCCCCCGUAGCGCACGCAGCCCAGCCGGGCACGCCCGGCCGGUUAGGAUGGUAACGGUGCUGACAAAGAAGUUACGAGCGUACACCAUUGACGAAGUCCAGCCGCUACAGCUCAAGGUGACUCAUUCAUCGAGUGAGGAGGAAGAGGACGACUCUGAGGACGAGAACCAGGAACUUGCUCAGAUUGACCGAGAGAGGCGACGCCUCGGUGACGAGGUAUCGCCACUCGCCCUGAGCCGGCAGCAAAACAGCCGCGAGACGCCUCCUCCCCCCGGGCCCCGGCCAAUGGCCCGUGCAGACUCGCGCCUGGAGCGGCCCAGCUCCGAGGAGGAGCUCGAGAGCAUAAUCACGGCACGCGAGCGAAUGGCUGUGGCCGCCCCAUUGUCUAGCGUGCCGGGCUGCGCCGUGCUGCCGAGUGGCGGUGCGGGCGCGGUCGCCGCUGUUGCCGCUGCUCCUGCGGCUGCUGCUGCAGCUGGCGGCGGUGGAGGAGGAGGCGGUGGAGGAGGAGGAGGUGGCGGUGCCAUUGGCUUCGUUGCCGCUAUGCCGGAGAAACGGAAGUGGUGCCAAGUCGGGGCUGGGAGGGCCUGUCAACCCGAGAGGGCCUCGUCCAGUGACGAAGAGGUCAAAGAUCUGUGCACCAGCAAGGCGUUCCGUCCAAUACAACAGAACGGACAGGACUGUGCGAGCCCCUUGCUGUUCAGCGCCUCUCCGCCGCGCUGCCUGCAGCCCGUCGUGUGGAGUCCGCGUGGCGCUCGCCUCACCCUCUCAGCGCUGGACCAGGCCUCACCGUGCAAGAGGCACAAGCAGGCCCUGGCGGAGCAGCACACCCGCCGGCCGAGCCUCGACUUCGAGAAGAUGCAGCAGAGGAUGCUGCUGAAGAAGCACUGCGCCUCAAGAACUCGGCUGGUAAAAAUCCGGAGCGUGAGCACUGGUCCGCGAUACAUCUGCGACCCGUCCGUCUUCGCCUUCCGCUCGCUCAGUACGCUCAACCCCAUGGCCCCGAUGACCCCGGUGGAGGAGCCCUCCUGUGCCUGAUGCCCUGGCAACUCCGACAGGGCUGUUAUUGCUCUCCCCCUGGCACGGCUCUCCAGCCGACCCCAGGCUUUAUCCCGACUGGGCUUGCACAGAGCGAUGUCAAGCCGGCGCGCCGAGAGGCGGCUCUCAAACUCUAGCGGGGCUCCGUCAAGGCGACGAGGAGGAAGAGGGAAGAUUUCUCGUCAAAAAAUGCUGAGCCUGCUCUACUUGGCUUUGUGCAAAAGACACUCCCUCGCCCUUUAGGGCUGUCGAAACUGCUUCGGGCAAUGAAGCAGAAUCGUGCACAAGUUUUUCCUCAUCAGUUUUUCUUGUUGUUUCAAGGCGGUUGGAUGCAUCGACAACUAAACUUCUGCCAUUCAGCAGCUUUCUACUAAUCUGAUCUCAGGAUUGAGCAGCGCACGACACACAUGCCGUGCUUCUACUAGAGGUCUAGGUGCCUCCCGAAUCUCUCUUGGAAGCGGACGUUGCUGCCUGGCCACUUUUCUGAAUGCACACAAAAGUCUUGGAGUGCAGUGGCACAUUCUCUUGCUUUUCUUUUCAAUUUUUGUGGACCCUGUGUUUUGUGUUGGCUGCUGACUGGGCCCUUGGCCUGCAGGGAGAUUGAUGCAAGGGGUGACCCAACACCUCUUAUCAGCAGGAGAGCAGGAGGAAACAGGCCCUAUUUGACCACGUGAUUUAGUGGGCUGACCUUUACAAAAAGCCGGCCUCGCCUGAACAUUUGUCUCCUCCUGUCCUUUUAAUUCAGGGAAGAAAAAAAAACAUUACAUUUGAAUGUUCCUUUCUCUCACGUGUCUUGCAUUGUAUUGCCAGUUUCACUGCAGGUCUCCUGCUCCCCCAACCCACUAAGUGUGCUCAGGCAAACUUACUACAUCGUCAUUUUCAAGGACAAGAGUUCCUUUUUGUGACUGCUGCAGAGCUACUGUAAUAGCUCUUUUGCAUUUUGAUGCAACUGAUUUUUCUUUUCAGAGCCAAGCAGAACUCUUGCAAUCGUAUUUGACUCCACCUCUCGCAAACAUGAAGACUUUAAAACAACCAUGUUGAAAAUAACUUGAGGCAACAUCGAGGAAUAUUAAAUAGCAACCAUACAUACGUGGAUUUUUUUUUUUAGUUUUAGAGCAUAUCGUUAUUGAUUAAGAUUGUUGAUGGAAGUUUUUGGCAGUUGGUUUCAAAGUGAAAGGUUUAGGUUUUUUAACGUUUCUCUAUUUUUGUUGAAAAAAAUCUGACUGAUAAAAUCAACCACGUUUAAAGGACAAUUUAAAAUACAAAAAAAUGUCAAUGUCUUCAGAUUUUUGUUUGUAACCUUCAGGAAACCACAGCCGAUAAUAGUUGCACUCAAUAACUAAGCCUUAAUACGUCACAUUUCUUAGCUCAAGUUCAGGAACCGGUCACAACUGACUGGGUUUUCAAGCCUUUUUUCCCCUUCUAGUUUUUUGUUCACGACAUUUCUAUGUCUCUAUGAACACACACGAUGUUUGUGCUUUUUAUUUUCUCUAGUCGCUACGAAGCAGCAAAAAAAAUACAAGUUCCGUUCAGUUAUUGAUUGGCAUGUUAGUCGACGUUUAUUAACGUUUAAAAUGUAAUCUCGCUUAUAACCGUAAUAAAAAGUAGUCUGUGAUUGUUGUGGAACAGUGGUUUUUGCAAUCCGUUGUUGUAGUGGAGGUGCCGUUACUGUGAUUUUUUGACUUAUUUCCCUUUAAACCCAUUGCGGGUUUCGUUUUAAUGCAUGAAAAAGCUCUGCAGAGCAGAUAUGUGCGUCGUCUUUAUUUUCUGCCCCUUUUGUUUUCGUUCGUCUAGGCAGGAUGGGAAAAAAAUUACGUUGUGUUGAGAAGUACAAAGCAAGUGUAUAGUCGGCUAGUCCUUAUGGAAAUCUUGUAACAAACAAAAAUAUAAGUAGCGUUCAGUGUUGCUGUGCUGUAUUAGUGUUUCUAAACGUGUUGCUAAAGCUGCUAACUUCCACUAUUGAGGAUGUUUUAAGAUGUAAAUAUUUGCACAAAUGCUUCAACUCCUACUAUUAUCCCCUUGCUACUUUUUUUGUAUGUGUAUGGCAGGCUCGGCCUGAAGUAGCUAAUAAUGCUUGUUUUAUAAAGCAGCAUAGCUUUUGUAAAGUGUAGUCACGUGACCUGCGAUGAUUAUGUACACCUGCAUUUCACCUAUGGUCUAAGUCCGUGCUUUUUGGGGGGGGGGGGGGGAAUUUUUGUUUUCUAAGUUGGCUUAUGUUUCAUUCAGUAGUCGAUUGUUUUAACUCUUGGUUAGAUAGGCGUUGUUAUAUUUUUUUAACAAUACAUUUUAUUUUAUUGCAUCACACAUAUUUUGAAUUGGAUUCUUUUGUAUGCAUUUUAUAUACGUCUACGGAAAAAAAGAGAAAAUCAUUUGUUUGUCAAACUCAAGAAACAUUUAGCACGGUUGAUGUGUAUGGGCGGGGGGGGUCUAGCACUGAACAGGGAGCGGCAGUACGUAAAGCUGUGUCUGGCGGCAGGAAUUGCAAACGUUGUUACGUGGCUUCUCUAAAGCACGUUUUAACUGCGACUGUUCCCCCUCUACCCUUUGUUACAUGAAAUGUUCCUCCUAUUAGAAACAAAGUCUAGAGAUGUGCACGCAAUAUGUAACUAAUCACGUUGCCAUAAAAAUGUAUGUAAAAAAUCAAUCCCGCUUUCCUCCUCCCUGAACAGUUCUUACCAAUUGAAAUUCAGAGUUACUUUGAAUGUUGUUUAGGAAUUUUUUAAAACUUUUAUUUCUGCUUUCGUUGACAAUUGCUUCGGAAUAUUUCACGAAUGGAUAAUUACAGAAACGUAACAUCAUACGAGUGGAUGCCAUCAAUUGGGCAGUUACAUGCAGCCUGCGCGAGGCAGGUGUAAAGGGGGUCUAUUUAUUGAUACAAUGGCUUUUGCUUGUCGAUUUAGUCGAAUGCGGUGCGUAUCUCCUGGGAUAACAUUGGGGAGGGGGGGGAUGCCGCACAUUUUCAUUCAGGUGGGUUCGCACGCAGCACGGAACCAAUCACAACACACCGUGUGACCCGAACGUAAAGUUUUCCACCACAGUGGCGUCAACGCGCUUGAUGUAAUGACGUAAAGGCACUUGAUAUGUUCUUUCACACAAGUCCAGGGUCGUGCCGGUGUGAGCUCACCAUUGUAGCACCUUGGCUGUGAUUCAGUCACUAUUUAAGAUAUAAGCAAGUGAUUCAAAGUGAUGGUUGAGCAAAUGUAUGCCAUGUACUCGAUAGAUAUUGUACAUGUUUUACACAUUUUCUGGAUGGGAACUUUGUAUUUGUUUCCCACUUAUUUUUUGCAUGUUUUGGUCAGAUGCAUGGACCGAUUAAUACAAAAAACAUCUGCAUUUCGGGUCUUAAAAAAGAUGACCUUGUCAAGGUAAAUGAAGCCACGAUGUUGUCAUUUUUUUUAUAUUGUUUUGGGGAAUUUAUAUCAGCUCGAUUCUUUUGUUUAUACUACAUUUCCUCGUCUUUGAUCAGGAUGCAUUCUCUCAUGUGCAUCGUAAAUGGUGCCGGCUGAAUUCAUGUUGAGAUUGGUUAAAUACAAAAAAAGGAUGUACAUAAAUGUAAACUUCAUAUUUCAAGCACUUUAUGCAGUUGUUUUUGGCUAAAAGAAAAAAAAAUAUUAAGUACCUCAGUGUUUGUUUCCCUCAACCCCUAAUUUUCUUAAGGUACAACAGUCCCAGUGGUAGAGAAAUGGUGCAUUCUAGAACUAAUACUUAUGCUGCCACAAUUUCAAGUGUCCACAAUGCGUUACAAACUUUAAAAGAUUUUUCAAAAGCAUCAUCAAUCCUUUGGUAAGUGUUUCAUCGUUAAAAAUAUUUGGACAAGGUACAUCCAGAAGCAUGCAUUUUAACACUGAAUAUUAAUGAAAACCUCUUUAAAACCAGAGGUCAUGAUGUCACGUGAAAUUUUGGAAAUCUUUUCAUGUGGAUAUUUGCCAGUACUCCACAAGCAGCCUUGCUUCACAAACGUACAGUUUUCUUCAACUGGGUAUGUUUUUGGAUUGUCUUGCUUUUGCAAUCCACGAUGUUACAGUGGCUUAAUGUCAGUCUCUCUGUGUCAUCAUUUGUAAAACCAGUUUAGAGAAGAGCCUCAAGAAAACCCACUUCUCCCUAACCGUAGCCCAUGAAGAUGCACACGUAUUACCGUAAAAGAAAUGUUACAAAUAAUGUGUCUGUUAAACUAUAUCUACAUUUUAGAUUAAUAUGGUCAGUGUAGCCAUUAUAGAUUUGUUUUAACCCCUUAAUGUCAAUUCUUUUAUUAGUCACUUUAAAUCAGAUUUGUGUUUAUAUUUUGUUACAACUUAGUUCACUUUUGGAAAUUAAGGCUCCUCUGAACUGACUGCCAUAACUUCACGCACUUUCAGGAAAGUGCAUUGCUAACUCAGGAUUUUUUAGCCAAGGCCAGUGUCCAAAUGAAACUUGGUAGAUUUACAACAAUAAAACAGCUGAAUGUACACACAGAUGACUUCACCGAGCUGACUGACAUACCUCAUCUCUUUCAAGUAAACAACAUAGAUUGCAUUUUAUAUUUGAGACAGGGACAUUGUAGCGAUGGCUUUUAUUGUAUUCUCUCAGUAACAAAAAGCUUUUAUUAAAUAUUAUAUUUGUGUAACUUUUUUAUACAUGAUAUAGGUAGUGACUACAAUGCUGUGUAAACAACAUUUGUCUACUCAUGCCCCAUCUUUCCUCCUAUGUUGAUUUUGGACAGUUACCAAUAAAAUAUUUUACAGUGUUUA